AACCUCUACGAACCGAAAAAAUUGACCAAAAGGUAAGAUCCAACGGCUGAGACUCAGUGCCGGCCCCAAACUACGAAACCAUAAUAAAACCUCAUCCAGUAGAAAAAAGCACCAACCAACAACUACUAUCCACGUGUCGGUACCGGGGUUUGUCCGGACAGCUAGAAGAUCCGAAGGGUUACCUGGAAUCGCCGGUAGCCAACCAAACUCCAACAAGUAUAAUUUAGUUUAAUGGUUUCUCUCUCUCCUCGAUCAUUUUCUUUCUCUUUAGAGCAGCUUUUGAUUCUCUCUCUGUUUCUAAGGUAACUUUCUUCUAAGGGUUUCUUAAUUUGAUGAUUAAGAGAAAAGCAUAGAAAUUUCAUGCCUCUGUGAGAAAUUCUUCUACUUACGUCUACUGUGAUUAUUGAAGUUCAUUUCUGUUCACAUUUGUAGUCAUUUCUUCAAGAUAUUUGCUUAUUUUUUUAAUUGUUCGAGUUGAAUUCACCAAAGUUUGAUCUGUAGUUUUGGAGAAUUCGGUUAUAUUUACUGCCAAAAGAUUUCAUUUUUUUGACGUCUAAGUAAGUUGAGAUUGAUGAUUAAGGAGCAAUUGACAGUUGCUUAUAGAAUUUAAGAUUUGUUGAUUUGGCUGUUCUUCAAGCUCUGUUGUUUGUUUGUUUGAUCCUAAAGUUCCAGUGAAGUUGAUCAAUUUGGACCAUCUGAAAAUAUCCUAGUUUGAAAUAAUUUUAGCAGGAGUGAUAAAGAUAGGGUUUUGAUCUUUGAGAGAAGCGUCUGUGUUAGUGAAGUUAAUUUAUGAUUCGGAAGAGUGAAUAUGGCAGGGGGUAUGGAUUUUUCUUCUCCAUUUACUGUAAUAGAAGGUGGUUAUUCUAACGACAAUGUAUCAGGCAUGGAUAGUGAGAAUUCGGAUAAUUUGGACAAUAUCAAACAAAUUACAAAUGGGAAACCUCCUCGGCAUGCUUCAGUUUUGCGGCAUUGUGUGAGCACCACAAGGCUGCUUGCUGCCACUGAUUUGGCAAUGGAUGUUGGAAUUGUUGUCAAUAAACCAUCUUCUGAUGAAAAAUCGGAUUUUUUACCUGUGUUCCGAUCAGGAAGCUGUGCUGAGAGAGGACCUAAACAGUAUAUGGAGGAUGAGCAUGUAUGUAUGGAUAAUCUAAUUGAGCAUCUAGGUGCAACCACAGACUUCCCUUCACCGGGAGCUUUCUAUGGGGUGUUUGAUGGCCAUGGAGGUACUGAUGCAGCAUCCUUUGUUAGAAAAAACAUCCUUAAAUUCAUUAUUGAGGACUCCCAUUUCCCAAUUUGUGUGGAGAAGGCACUUAAGAAUGCUUUUGUGCAGGCAGAUUAUGCAUUUGCAGAUUCCAGUUCUCUUGAUAUUUCAUCUGGCACCACUGCUCUGACUGCUCUUGUUUUUGGGAGGAACUUGAUUAUUGCAAAUGCUGGGGACUGCCGAGCUGUUCUGGGGAGGCGAGGUAGAGCAAUUGAGAUGUCAAAAGACCACAAACCCAAUUGCACAUCAGAAAGACUGAGAAUUGAGGAACUUGGUGGAGUCGUUUAUGAUGGCUACCUCAAUGGACAAUUAUCAGUUGCACGUGCCAUUGGAGAUUGGCACAUGAAGAAUCCUAAAGGUUCUGCCUGCCCUCUAAGUGCUGAGCCAGAAUUGCAUGAGACACUUUUGACGGAGGAGGAUGAGUUUUUGAUAAUGGGUUGUGAUGGCUUGUGGGAUGUUAUGAGUAGCCAGUGUGCAGUGACAGUUGCAAGGAAAGAAUUGAUGCUACAUAAUGAUCCUGAAAGAUGUUCAAGGGAGCUCGUCAGGGAGGCACUUAAGCGCAACACUUGUGAUAAUUUAACAGUGAUCGUGGUUUGUUUCUCCCCUGACCCUCCUCCGCGGAUAGAAAUACCGUCAUUCCGAGUUCGAAGGAGCAUAUCAGCAGAAGGGCUGAAUUUACUCAAGGGAGUGUUGGACAACAACUGAUCAGAUUUGGAUGGUUCCGAGGGUUGUGUUUCCCAUUGGAGUUUCCUGUGGUAGGGGGUCUUUUGUUUUCCCAUCAAGUCAGAGUUGCUGUUGUUGCUGCAACCGUCCCCUUUGCCAUGGCUGACAUUCAGCCUCGUUCAAGGAAAUAAAUGUCGUGUAGUCUGUAGAAUGUUAAUUCUUUGUGUUCCAAAUCCUGUACAUCUGAGAUAAAUUAUGUUGUACUAAUCCACUUUUCAAC